GGGAUAUCAGGCUUUCCAAUAGCACUUUUCCAGGAAGAGAGUAAUUAUAUAUACCGAAAGGCUAGUGGUUCACAUUGAUACUUCAUUUUUAUACAUAUGUGAGGUCAUCGUUAUAAGGGGCAUCAUCAUCAUCAUUUACCCGACUCUCACCUAAGAUGGGGUAAAGGGUGAGAGGUGUGAAGAUGAAUUAGCUGACCAUUACGACCAGCCUGCUUCCACCAAUUGCUGCUGCCGCCGCUGCCGUAAAAAAUCUAUCGUUGUCAUAUUUCUGCCGCCAGCCGCCAGCCGCCAGCCGGUGUCGUAAAAAAUCAGUCGCUGCCAUGUUGACGUCGGUCGAUGCUGCCACCGCCUGAAUCUGCAAUUGCAGUAAGGCAGUAACUCCUUAGUCUGUUCCAGGAUCAUACAUUUUCGCGGCAUCAGUGAUUGCAGUGGGGCCAUGAAGCAUGCCUCUUACUUGUUUGAAAAAAUUCCUGAACCAAACGUAGCUGUUUGGAAUACGAUGAUCAAGAGUUUUUCAGAAGCAGGGAGUCCUAGAAACGCGGUUUCUUUGUAUUUGGAGAUGUUGAGGAACAAUGUGAAGCCGGAUAACUACACGUACCCCUUCUUGCUUAAGGGGUUUACACGUAAAAUUCCAAUGACAUUGGGAAAAGGAUUGCAUUCUCACGUGUGUAAAUUUGGGUUCAACUCCAAUGAAUUUGUCAAUCAUUCUUUGAUACACAUUUAUUUCAUGUGGGGGAAUGUUCAUAUGGCUCGCAGCUUAUUUGAUCAGGGUGCUAACACCAAUGUGAUGAUUUGGAAUGUCAUGAUCUCUGGGCUCAAUAAAUACAAAAUGUUUAAGGAAUCAAGGAGACUCUUUUAUGAAAUGGAUGAGAAAGGAAUAAUGCCCACUGCAGUUACUUUGGUUUCAUCACUAUCUGCUUUUUCCGAGCUGAACGAUUUAGACUCUGGAAAACGUGUACACCAGUAUGUAAAAGACCGUAAGGUUGAAUCUAAUUUAAUUCUUGAUAAUGCUUUGAUGAAUAUGUAUGCAUGUUGUGGAGAGACAGAUUCUGCUAUCAAGAUAUUUCUCACAAUGGAGCAAAGAGAUGUUAUAUCAUGGACCACAAUUGUCACAGGUUUCAUCAGUUCUGGAGAUAUGAAUUUAGCAAGAAUGUAUUUUGACAAGAUGCCAGAGAGGGACUCUGUUUCAUGGACAGCAAUGAUCGACGGGUACAUCAAAGAAAACCGAUUUAAGGAUGUUUUGGUCCUUUUACGUGGAAUGCAAGCAGAAAAUUUGAAACCUGACGAGUUCACCAUGGUUAGCGUUAUCACCGCAUGCUCGCAUCUCGGGGCACUUGAGCUUGGAGAAUGGGUCAGGGACCACGUCGACAAGAACACGAUAAAAUUUGAUCUUCAUAUUGGGAACGCUUUGAUAGAUAUGUAUUUCAAAUGUGGUGAUGUGGAAAAAGGAGUUGAUAUGUUUAAUAAUUUAUCCAGAAGGGACAAGUUCACUUGGACGGCCAUGAUUGUCGGCCUUGCUGUCAACGGACAUGGACUAGAAGCUCUAGACAUCUUCUCCCAAAUGCUGAAAUCGUCAGAAAAACCUGAUGAUGUCACCUUCGUCGGCGUUCUUUCCGCUUGCGCUCAUACCGGCAUGGUGGAGGAAGGAAGGAAAUUCUUCAACAAAAUGAAAUCACUUUUUGGAAUUGAGCCUAAUGUCACACACUAUGGCUGCUUGGUUGAUCUUCUCGGACGAGCCGGGCAGUUGACUGAAGCUCUUAAGGUUAUAAAGCGCAUGCCUUUGAAUCCAAAUCCAGUAGUAUGGGGAGCUCUCCUUGCUGCUUGCAGGGUUCACAAGGAUGCAGAAAUGGCAGAAAUGGCAGCUGGGCAACUACUUGAGAUAGGAGCAGAAAAAGGGUCUGUAUAUGUUCUGCUGUGCGAUGUAUACACAGCCUGUGAGAAAUGGGAAAGUCUACACUGGCUAAGAAGAAGAAUGAGGGACGAGGGAAUCACGAAAACACCUGGGUGUAGUAGCCUGGUGCGUGGCUGAUUGAGGCAUGCGGGUUUCAUCAUUCAUACAUACAUGAGUUUUGUGGUGCGCACGCACCCUCAGUCCGGUUCGGAGAUGGAUGACUUGAACAAGCUUGCACAUCAAGUCUUCUGGCUUGGUCUGGCAUGUGGCCUGAGAGGCUGAGAUUGGAAUCAAUUCAACGACUUGGGGUUUCAUCUAAAAGGUUAACAUGUGAGGAGGAACAAAUCAUAACUUUAUAUUUUAAUUUGAUAUCCUUCAUACUUUUUGUGUUGGAUAUAUACUUGAACAAACCACACCAUGUAAGCUAAAGAGUGUAUAAUCAAUCAUGAUAAUG